AUGUUCGGUGCAAAUGAAUCGCUCUUCAGUAUAAGAUACAAAUGUUUGCAAAUUAGUAAGAAUCAACAGGAAGACCUGGUAUCGUAUGCAGCCAGGGUCAAUGCUCAAUGUGAAAAAUUUAGACUGUCGGAACAUUCGUCAGAUGAAUUCAAAUGCCUCAUCUAUGUAUUUGGGUUGCAAGCACACACAGAAGCCGACAUUCGUAUAAAAAUAUUGGCAAAACUAGAAGAAGAUUCACAGCAAACAUUAAACUCUCUGGUGAGCCAUGCGCAAAAAUUCAUCAAUCUAAAGAAAGAUACAGCAAUGGUGGAAGAGACAAAAGCCGUAAUAACCAACGCAAUACAUGCAAAUACACGCCAAAGCAAGAACGAUGCAACUAAAAAUAGCAAAACAAAUAAAGCGAAGAUUCCAAAAACACCCUGUUGGAAUUGCGGAGACAUGCACUAUGCAAAAUAUUGUACAUAUCGCAAUCAAAAGUGUAACAAGUGCAACAAAUACGGUCAUAAGGAGGGGUACUGUAAUUCAUACAGCGCCAGCAAAAGCAAAAGCACAAAACCUCAGCGACACAAGCAACAACAAACGAGCAACAAAGGUCACAACAGUUGCUUACAAGUAAAUUCAAUAACGCAUGUUAAUCGACGCAAAUACACAACAGUAAGCAUAAAGCCGAUAGAAACCGCAACUUCAUCGUUUCCGUCGUGUGAUGUCAGAAUGCGGGUGGACACCGCCUCGGACGUCUCGCUAAUCGGAAAGUCCACAUGGAUACAAAUGGGUCAACCGGGAAUACGGUUGGAGAACAAAUACGUUACCAGCGCAUCAAAAGAUAAGAUUCAACUACUAGCCGAAUUUUCUUGUGAAGCUAGUCUAAACGGGGAAGUACAAUACUGUAAUUUAUUCGUAACAAAUAUUGAUUCUUUGAACAUCUUAGGAGUUGACUGGUGUGACAUUUUCCAUAUUUGGGAAAAGCCUCUCAAUCUCAUUUGUAACAACAUCAUAUCGGUUCAAGAUCAACAAUCUACUAUUUUGAAGCAUAUACAGCAAGACUAUGCGGACAUAUUCAAGCCAAGUCUGGAAAGUUGUAGCACAGUUACAUCAGCAUUGCAUCUAAAGCCGGAUGCUAAACCAAUUUUUCGCGCAAAAAGGCCAGUAGCAUAUUCCAUGCUACCGUACAUUGAAGAAGAACUAAAUAGAUUACAUCAAUUAGGGGUUAUCGCCCCUGUAGAAUUUUCUGAAUGGGCAGCGCCUAUCGUCGCAGUGAAGAAACCGUCUGGCAAGGUUCGGAUCUGUGGCGAUUAUUCAUCAGGGCUAAACGCAUGGUUAGAACCGCAUCAAUAUCCGCUGCACACGCCAGAAGAAAUUUACGCAAAGGUCGCGGGAAGUCAUUGUUUUACCGUAAUAGACCUAUCAGACGCGUAUCUACAGAUACCCGUCACAGCAGAGUCAGCCAACCUGCUCACCAUUAACACGCAUAUGGGUCUGUUUACGUUCAAUCGACUCGCACCAGGUAUCAAAAGCGCUCCAGGAGCGUUCCAACAAAUCAUGGACACCAUAUUGGCAGGCAUAGAUGACACCGUCGCUUACAUAGAUGACAUCAUUAUAGGCGGUGCAACCUUUGAGAAACAUGUCGAAAAACCUUCAUAA